UAUGGGAAACUUGGUGGCGAGCAUGAAUGGAACGUCAGCCUCUUUGUCUUUGGGAAAAGCAGUGGAGGGUCUCUUAGUGAGACAAACCAACCCUACAAACUUGGACCAGGUGUCAUUUGCUUACAUGUCUCCAAACGACAAGUUAAACAUUGUAGAUGAUGCAAACACUCUUAAUCAGUUUUCAAGAUCUGUCUCUGUGUCAAAACAAGCUUUUGAGAUGGCGCUCAGUUUAAACAUCUCAACACCGUUUGCAGCCGUCUUCCGCUUUUUGAAUAUGUCUCAGGAUGAGAAGAACAGCACUGUUUUAGGCAAUGAGGUUUUAGGGGUUGAGAUGGGAACUCACAUCAAGAAUCUGACUGACAAAAUAAACAUCACUUUCAAAACAAUAAGCUAUAAAGGGAACACUCCAAACUGUUCCUCAUGGGAUGGUAAAGGUGUGAAACCAAACUGGACCACUGAAGGAUGUGAAACCUACGAAAGUGACGCAGGCAUCACCUGCCAGUGUUCACAUCUGACCUUCUUUGCCAUCUUACUGAGUCCCAUUAAUGAAACCAUUUCCAGUGCGGACCUGAAGAAUCUGACCAUCAUCACACAGGCUGGCUGUGGACUGUCCAUGUUCUUCCUCGGUGUUGUACUCUUCAUGCACUUUCUUAUAAGGAAGAACAAAGCGAGUCAAACCACGGUUAUCCUCGUCCACCUGGUGCUGGCCUUGUUCCUGCUCAACUUCUCCUUCCUGGUCAACAACCAGGUGGCCCAGGUGAAAAGCUCUGUGGGUUGCCAGAUCAUGGCGGUUUUCAUGCACUACUUCAUGCUCGCCACCUUCAGCUGGUURGCUGCUCAGGCCUUCCACAUCUGUCUGAAUCUGUACAAGGGCGGACAAGUUCAGAUGCAGAGUUACAUCCUGGCACUUUCUGCUACGGCCUGGAUUUUGCCAGCUGUAGUCGUUGUCAUUCUCGCCAUUUUAGGCAAAUACGGAGAACAGACCAUCUAUGCUGAUAAUCCCAAAGACAACGUAGACAUGUGUUGGAUUAACGACAAUAAGGUCCACUACAUYGUCAACAUCGGAUACUACGUGCUGGUCUUCCUCUUCACCUUCUCCACGGUCAUCAUCACCCUGUCCUGGAUCUUCUGCCUCAGCAGAACCAGAAAGGGGAACAGAGGCGAGGGCAGGACGGGCAGGAGCAUAGUGACGGUCAUGGGGCUGUGCUGCCAGCUGGGCGUCUCCUGGGGCUUCGCCUUCUUCGCCUACGGCAGCCUCCGGAUUCCCGCCACCUACAUUUUCACAAUCCUCAACUCGUUUCAAGGUUUCUUUCUCUUCAUCUAUUACUACAACACAACAAAGUCCAAACAGACCGAGGGUAGCUCCAGCUCACAGAGCUUCACCAGCAGAGCAACACUGAAAACUGGCCUGGAGAUUAUUUCCAACCCUUACAUGAACGUGCCGCAUCCUAAAAACAAUUAAUGUUUGAACCGAGGCAGGAUGAAGACAAGAUGGCUGCAACUGAAAGACAAACAUGUAAAUUAAGUGAUUUUGUGUUUAUUUAAAGGUAUUUGUCUGCUCUUACUUACUGAGGCUUUUAUAUGUAUUUAUUUUGAUUAUAAAUACUUUUUUCUCUGUAAGAAUCAGAAA